AUGUCUUGGAGUGAUACAUUCUACCCUGCAAACCCUGAAAGAAGGGAGAUGCUUAUCCGUAAAAAUCAAGAGCUUCAAAAUCUGAUGAAAAACAACUUCCGAGCCACCAACCAACUCAUUGAAACUCUUAAUAAACACUUACAUUUGUCCUUCAGUCCGAUUGACCUGAAUGAGAAAGCUACAGUUCAGGAGAACUGUGACAAAAUCAUUGGAUGCAUUCAUGAGAUCCAGGCAGAAGUGGAGAAGAUUGAUAGAAAGCUGAAGGAGAAGCUGGACCCCAAACUGUAUGAGAAACUGAAAGACAUGAAUCUGUCUGUCCAUGACCUUACACAAGUUGUAGAGCAUAUUUCUAAAGUUUUAGGCAUUGUAGGCAUGGCUUCUUCUAUUUUAGUUGUUGGGUUGUUAUUUUUCGGGGUUGAUUUGAUUUUUCAGGCCAUUCAAGGGAGUAUUGAGCGUGAUCAACUUGAGAAAUCCCUGAAAGAGUAUGACGAUGCUUUGGAAGAAUUCAGACCGGCAUCUGAAAAAUAUCAGGAUAGCAUAACCUAUGUCAGGGUGAGAAUUGAGAUGAUUGACGAAUGAAUAAGAGAUUAAACGAU